AUGCUUCUACGAAACCUCAGCUUGAAGCCAAGACUACAGUCAUUCAAUAGCUGCUGCGUACAGCUCAGUCUACUACGUUUCAAACAACAAAAUGCCUUCAAUGAUCGGGUUCUUGCAAACACUCUUCGUUCCAGUAAGUCGCAGCCAGAUAACGAGUAUGUGCGUUGCACCACUUACGAUAAAGAUGGGAACAUAGUGUUUUUCGGAAAGAGCUUCAAAAAGCUGGAGUUCAUGCGGAAAUACGAUGUUGCACCAAGAGAUCUACGUAAAAUGAUCCGCUCGCAUACAAACCAUGCCCCCGGAGUAGGCGGAAUCCAUGUUGAUUUCGUGCCGCUGUUUCUGACCCGUAAUAAUUGCAUCAUGCUCAAUCUACUCAAUAUCAGAGCAUUGAUAAAAUGCGAUUCCUUGGUCGUAUUCGACUAUUCUCUGAGCUCCAGUGCGCGCCUGCGAGAGCUGUAUUCCCAUAAUUCGUUCCUCACUGAUUUGUCGACCCGCUUGAAAUCCACUCAUCCUGAAGCUGCUUUACUUCCCUACGAGUUUCGAGCAUUAGAAGCUAUUUUGGUGGACGUGACUUCGAAUUUGGCUACUGAGAUGAAUGUACACCAAACUGUUGUGCAGAAUAUUUUGGCGAGUCUUGAAGUCUCAAUCGAAAGAUCCAAGCUACGGUACUUGCUUAUCCAGCUGAAAAAAUUGGGCCAGUUCCAUCAAAAGGUAAAACUCAUCAAUGACCUCUUGCACGACCUCCUUAAUUCUGACGAGGAACUCAACGAGCUAUACCUAACCGAGAUUAAACAGGGCCUCUAUAGACAGUCGUACAACCAUCAAGAGGUGGAACUUCUUCUCGAAUCCUACUAUGCAACAAUUGAUGAAAUUAUUCAGACGGUUGAAAAUCUUACGUCUCAGAUUAAGACCUCCGAGGAACUUAUCCGAUUUGUUCUUGAUGCAAACAGAAAUGAACUCAUGCUACUUGGUCUUAAAUUCUCCAUCGGAUUGUUGUCGAUGGGUAUAACGAUGUACAUUGCUGCAUUGUAUGGAAUGAACUUGGAAAAUUUCAUUGAAGAGUCUGAUGGAGGCUUCGAGUUCAUAGUUGUGCUUGGCUCGAUUUCCUUGCUUCUACUCUUCAUUUUCUGUGCAAAGCAGCUUAACAAGCUCCAAAAAGUCACCAUGAGUGGAACUAAUAAGCGUCUGGCAAUCAAGAAUGGCCUACGAGAAGAUCAUUGA